UGUCCCUCCCCCUUACAGCAGAAAAACGCCGCCCACUGCCUCGGUAACAAUCCACUGUCAGUGGAGAGCUUUUCCAAGAAAUUGCGAAAGAAUCAUAUCUCCACGGACUGUGUAUGCAUAACCUAUUUACUUGUUCUUCUGCGAGUGCAUUUCAGAUACUUUUUUCGAUUUUGUUCCACGUUCAUCGUGUAUGAAGCGCAUGCUCAGAUUAUCAAACGGUGCAGUUUUUGCUUUAUCGAGGAAUACAGAGAUUGACUUUCAGAGGAUUGUAAAGAUAUAAAUAUGACCACUUCAUGGAGCGACAGACUGCAGAACUAUGCAGACCUUCCAGCCAACAUGGACGGGCUGGCCAUGAAGAAGUACCGCAGAGAGGCUUACCAUAGAGUUUUUGUAAACAGAAGCUUGGCCAUGGAGAAGAUUAAAUGCUUUGGUUUUGAUAUGGAUUACACUCUAGCCGUGUACAAGUCUCCAGAGUAUGAGUCUCUGGGCUUUGAGCUGACCGUGGAGCGCCUGGUCCACAUCGGUUACCCCCAGGAGCUGCUCAGCUUCGUCUACGACCCCGCCUUCCCCACCAGAGGCCUGGUGUUUGACACCAUGUAUGGGAACCUGUUGAAGGUGGACGCGUAUGGCAACAUCCUGGUCUGUGUCCACGGCUUCAAUUUCCUACGAGGACCUGAAAUACGGGAGCUAUACCCGAACAAGUUCAUCCAACGUGACGACACUGAACGUUUCUAUAUCCUCAACACUCUCUUCAACUUGCCAGAGACCUACCUCUUUGCCUGCCUCGUGGACUUCUUCUCAAACUGUGACAGAUAUGCAAGCUGUGAGACUGGCUUUAAAGAUGGCGACCUCUUCAUGUCCUUCAAGAGCAUGUUCCAGGACAUCCGCGACGCCGUCGACUGGGUCCACUUCAAGGGCACCCUGAAGGAAAAGACAGUGGAGAACCUUGAAAAGUACGUAGUGAGAGACGCAAAGCUGCCUCUCCUGCUGAGUAGAAUGAAUGAAGUAGCCAAGGUGUUCCUGGCCACCAACAGUGACUACAAAUACACACACAAGAUCAUGACAUACCUGUUUGACUUCCCCCACGGCCCAAAGCACGGGACGUCCCACCGGCCGUGGCAGUCCUACUUUGACCUGAUUCUGGUGGACGCCAGGAAGCCUCUGUUCUUUGGAGAGGGAACGGUGCUCAGACAAGUCGACACAGCGACAGGGCGGCUGAAGAUCGGGACCUACACCGGACCCUUGCACCACGGCAUCGUCUACUCUGGAGGUUCUUCUGACAUUGUGUGUGACCUGCUGGGGGCCAAGGGGAAGGACAUCGUCUACAUCGGAGACCACAUCUUCGGGGACAUCCUCAAGUCCAAGAAACGCCAGGGCUGGAGGACCUUCCUCGUCAUCCCCGAGCUGGCCCAGGAGUUGCAUGUCUGGACUGACAAGAGCUCGUUAUUCGAAGAAUUGCAGGGCCUGGACAUUUUCUUGGCAGAGCUCUACAAGCAUCUGGACAGCAGUAGUAAUGAGAGACCUGACAUCAGUGCUCUCCAGAGAAGGGUCAAGAAAGUGACCCAUGACAUGGACAUGUGCUAUGGUAUGAUGGGUAGUCUGUUCAGGUCUGGCUCCAGACAGACUCUGUUUGCCUCUCAGGUGAUGCGCUAUGCUGACCUGUACGCUGCUUCCUUCAUCAACCUCCUGUACUAUCCCUUCAGCUACCUCUUCAGAGCUGCUCACGUACUGAUGCCCCACGAGUCAACGGUGGAGCAUGCGCACAUCGACACGGACACCGAGUCCCCCCUGGCCACGCGCAACCGCCACUGCACUGACAGCAAGGACCUGGAGUGCUGUAGCAACAAGAACCGAAGCCAGCUGACCCGGUCCAUCAGUGAGAUCAAACCCCCCAACAUGUUCCCCCAGACCCCACAGGAGAUCACCCACUGCCACGAUGAAGACGAUGAUGAGGAGGAGGAAGAGUAGAUGGAGGAGGUGGGAUGGCGUGACCAGGCUUGAUUCCUUCCUAGGAGGAGGAAGAGGGAGAGGAGUGAAAAACCGUCUUGAUUCCUUCCUGGUGUUUCCCUGGGGGGGGUUUUAGAGUAUAUAUACUUCUAGGAAGAUAUAAACUAUAAUGUACUCUAUAGUCCACAGUAAGAGGGGACAUUACCAUUGUAGUGUAUCUAUAGGAGAUUUAUAUAGAGAGAAAUGAAGAUACUUUUUAUACUAGAGAUGUAUCAGGAUAUAUAGGUUUUUAUUAAUCAGAUCAGUCAACUGUAUGUUACUACAGUAACAGUUGCUGCUCGGUUCUCCUAAAGCGUUGCCCCGUGCCCACCCCUUUUCAAGUUUUACGUUUUCAAUGGUUGUUUUUUCUAUGGAUUUUUAUGAUGAAAUGGGAAAAGGUUGACUUGAAGUUGGCUAAUUUCUUCUUUUUUUUAUUUUUAUUUUUUAAAGUUGAUGAAGCUAAAACAGUUUUUACGGCAUAGGAAGUUGUAGCAGACAAAUAUACAUGAAUACACACAAGAAGCAAAUAUUACGAACACUACUUUUCUCUGUACUGACCUGACACAGUGUCUGGUCAUAGAGAAGAAUUCCCUGUGUGUGUUUACAUAGUACACCUUAAUGCAGGCACCUUAAUGCAGGCACCAUACUGUAGUUUGAAUGUGAAGCACUAAGGCGGAAUAGCCUUUGCCAAACAGUAUGUACAGUACUGUAUUUAAACUCUAUAUACUGUUUUGCUGUUAUCCUUUUGAAAUGAAAGUGUUCUAGCCUUGCAGUACUGGCGUUGAAAGAACACGCGUAUCGAGCAACAUGGCAAUCCAAAACAUGGUCCAAAAAUGUAUUUCUCGCUGUUUAUUACAUUUUUUUGCAGUAUAAAUCCUCCCGUCGUGACCCUGCAUAACACAGCUUGUGUGUGUGUGUGUGUGUGUGUCCGGCCUUGGCCAAUCAAAAGUCGAGUUUGCAUCGUCCUGAGCGACUGUAACCAAGGCAUCCAUAAUUGUACUAAAGAACAGCGUGAUGUAUGUUUUGGGUUCCACAAAGCACAAGUCUGAUUGUGGGUAACUAAUUGUCAAUAUUAGCUCGAUAUGACAUGAAGCGUGCUGUCUAUUUAAAGUAUGGUGCACAUAAUGUAAUCUGUGAUUCUGUAUGGCUAAUUUCAACUGACGUUUUGAAAUGCAUGAAAUGUUGUUUCUAGGCAACCGUGCGUACAGGGUACCGAUUUACGCUGCCUCUGUACAGACGGGGUCUAUGGCAACUGUUGAUGCUCACAUAGGCCUAAUGCUAUAGAGAGGCAGUGACCCAGUAUUACUGUUCUCAUACAUGAUACUGUCAAAAGCAAGACAUUCAUCAUGCAAAAUACCAUUACCUUUUUUUGGUUCUCCUAUAGGAUGAUCUGAGAUAUCAGAACCUGCAACAUUGUUACACUAUGUGCAACUAACAUGCAGUAGUAGUUUUACCUUUUUUUUUACUAAGCUUGGAGUUGUUCGUUAAGUGUUCUCUUGAAUAUUAAAUUGUAACAGUUUUAUUUUUUAUUGCAUAGAACCGCUUUAGUUAAACCUGUCAUAUUCACCCCUACCUAACCAAACCCUCAUAUUCCAUGUGUGAUAAUAUGGUCUGGUGUUCCCUAGUAAUUCUUUGCAGUUAACGUGGAGAGUACAGUAUGUUAUAGGAACAGACCUGGGUUCAAAUACUAUUUAAAAUGUUUCAAAUACUUUAGCCUUCCUGGAGUGCCAGGUGGGGAGAGUUUGUAACUUUUGUGAACAUUUAUCUGGUUCCACUCCAGGCAAGCUCAGUCAAGCCCCAGUAAAGUAUAUGAAAUUAUUUAGAAUCGUAUUUGAACCCAGGUCUGAUCUACAGUCGGCCUUGAUAUGCAAACAGGAAAUCCAGGUCAGCCUGGGUGCUGUGACGUGUGGUAUUGUGUAGGCCUUGAGAAUGCACGGGCCCCAGACAAGGAAAUGUUACUGGAAAAUGUUACCGACUUGGUUAAUAUUAAACUUUCAGUUGUGUGUCCUAAUGAACAUGACCCAGAUGGUAUGCAGUAUGGAGGGCAGGAAAACGGACGUUUUUUUGUUAUAGGUUAUCUGCAAUAUCAUAUGUGUAUGCUAUGUAAAACAUGCGUAUCACUUUAUUUCUUAGGCAUGUAGUUGUGUAGCUAGAAGUUUCGAUUGGCCUGUUGAUUUGGGCUGAUGAAGGGAAGACCAAUAGCGGGUCUCUAUUUGUAACCCGGUGUUGUUUUCCGAGGCAAGUAGUAAAAAGGGGAAUGUGGGUUCAACUGGGGAUCUUUGUAACAAUUUUAGUAAGAGUAGAAUCUGUUUUAGAGGAACUAUAUAGAGUGGUUCAAUAUUUUAUUACUCUCUGAAAAAAGUUUAUCUUUGUAAGUAUUGAUUUAACUGGAAAUACUACAAAUCACCUGGGCAGCUGUAUUCUUUACCUGGUUGGUUAGUUGUUUUUUUGGUCUCAUUACUGACAAAUUCAUAAUAAAGCUUGGUCGUUGGAGGAAAAUUUUAAGUCCUUUUCUGUCAAAACACUUUACAAGACAUUAUUUCUAUGCAAUGACGCAGUACAGUGCAUUAUACAUGUAAACUAACAUACUAAAAGGCUGGCCAAUGCAAGCAAAUGGCUUACGUCAAAGUUGUUACAACUGUAUGGCUAGAACUAGGUUAGGGCUACAACUGAUAUGUGGAAGAAAAAAAAAUAUGUCCGUCUGUGAGGAAAAAGCUCUGGCCACACAAGUUCUACAAGGUCAUCUGUGUAGUAAGAAUUGUACACUUAACAACAAUAAUAAUAAUAAUAAUAAUAAUAAUAAAAAUAAUAGCCUUGCAGACCGAUAUGCUGAAAAAAAGGCGAUGUUGAAGAGCAUGUAUUUAUUUACCUUGCAUCAGAAAUGGCACCUUUUUCAACAACAACACCUUGGUUUUGCUGUUUGUAUUUGUUUUUUGUAACCCGUGUUUUCAGAUUCUUAGUUUACAAUGUUGUAUAUAAUAUUCUAAGCUUUUUCAUGUUGUGGAAGAAAUGUUCCUUAAAUUCUUUACAUAUUUUUUUUUUUUUUCCUUUUUGUUUUUGGCAUUUUUCUGGUUUCAGACACUUUUUUUUUUACUAUAACGGCUUCAGUGAGUUUGUCUGAGCUAGCUAAACCUGGCCAACAGGUUAAUGCCACGAUCCAUUUAUACAAUUUGUCCAUUUAUACAAAAUUUCAACAAUUGCAGACCGAGCGUGACAACUAUCAUGCAUUCACUUAUUUUUUGUUUCGUGCAUUUUCUUGGAUGUUCCUCAGAGCGUUUUGUUUCCAGAAUUAUUAUAUAAUGUGUACAUUGGGGAAAUUACAUUUAUAUGUACAAUAAAAGCAAAUUUUCCAUAAGUCA